AUGGCCUCCACUAUCAUAGUCAUUUUCUUUUUCUCUUUUAUCGGGUUUUUCUCAUGUGCAAUUAUCGCGGGGGCUGCCACGUUUUUCUUCAUCAUUAGGAGAAAGCAAAAGAGAACCGAGGAAAAGAAGACUGGUAUUGUUCGUGCAGACGAACACUUGAAAAUAAAAGAGUCCAUUAUAAAGGGACCCCAUGGUUCGGAAGCCAUGACGAUUUCAGUUGACGACGACGUUCAUUUUGAAGAGAUGGCGAAGAAAAGCGAGAAGAAGACUGUACAAGUUUCGGGGAGAAAGCCACUGGACUUGGAGGAAGGAGUAUCCAGUGUCUCAAAACACUAA